UUCUGCAUUGCGGCACAAAGUGAGCGGCGGAAAGGCCCUCGUGCCGGCUGCAGUGGGUCAAUUAGAAAUGGUUAAACUAAAUAAUAUCACGGAUUAACAUUUACACAUGCGGCUAGGCGGUGGGCAGAGAGUGUCGCGGGAGCCCCGGUCACCGCAGUCGCAUUUCGCGCCCCGAUCGGUCACCGCGUACGAGUCCCGCACGCACGCUUACAACUGAAGGUGGUAUCGGUGUUUUCAUGUGACAACUGGAAUGAUGUUGGAUUCCACAUAAGAUAUAAAGAGUGUUCGAAAUUUUUAUGUAAUCCGAGUUCAAAACAAUCAGACUUAAUUGAAGUGAAUGAUGCGAGUCGUGUGGUGGAGCACGGCCUUGCUGGUGCUGCUAGCUGCCGCCAGCGCCCUUCGUACCCCACAGGUAGAGGGAUUGACAAGAACCAGCAGAAGGCUACCCAACCCUUCAGCUCCUGAUGUCAACAGUGUAUCUAAUUCCAACCAGCCUGAAGCCCAACCCACCUUCAGGUCUCGAAACAGCAGAGGGCGGGAUGAAACCACACCACGUGACGUUGUCCGAACGAGAACCCGGAACAGGCCGAUAGAGGCUACGUCCGAAUCAGCGCAAUCACAAGAAAACAACGAACGAUUCGAUUCGCGAAGGACUUCCAGUCGAUCUCGAAGCCGACCAGUCGAAAUCGAAGUAAAAGCAGAACCGAUAGUAGCGCGGGAGAACGUCGCUCGGAGCAGAUUCAGGCAAGUCAGCAGACGGCCGCCGCAAGUAACCCAAACUACUUUAGAAACCUCCUCACCAACCAUCGAUGAAUCUAAAUUAGAAGUCAUUAACUCAAACCUAGACGAUAUAUCUAAAAUCGUACCCAGAGAAGAAAUAACCUCUACAACUCAAUUUAGGAGGAGAAGUUCAGCUACACCGACAACAGAAGCUAUAGUACCACGGGGUCGUCGUGGGCGUAUUAACACAAGAACUAACACUCGACCUUUGGACCUCGACAGUUCUGGUACGACUAAUUCAAUUUCCGUCUCUGAUAAAGAACCUACAACAGCAAGAACAGGAGACAUAAGAAAUGCUAGAAAGUUGAGAUUUAGAACGAGACCCGCAGAAUCUGAUGCAAAUCUAACUGGUGAAGGAUUGAUGAAACGAAAUGAAGCAGUGAAGUCUAGUCAGAGAAAGGAAAUCACUAGUCAAUCUGAAGCGCAAACUUUCGCGCCGAUCGUUGAACGUAUCGUUUCUCAAAGUACUGAAGCUAAUAAGCUGAAAACUACAACCCUUAAGGUAACCAAAGUGAUAAGACGUCCAUUGAGUCGUAGGAAGCCCAGCAUCAGAUCCUCAGGUUCUCCACCAAAAACUAAAGAAACGGAAGAAAUCAGUGAUGACGAUAACUAUCCACCAAGCUUUAAAGCGUUAAUUCAAUCUAAGAAUGCAUCGACACAAGCGAGCUCUCCGCCUAUCGAGAGUUUGUCCGUGAAAGCAUCACAAAAAGUUUACAACACGUAUACUCCAUCACUACAAUCCACUCAAACUGGCCCAGCUGAAAAUAAAUACUCUAGGCUCCGUAAGCAAAAAGAUAUACAAGAAGAAGAUAUACAAGAAAGAGUUGAUGAUAAGCUGGACGAUGUAAGUACAACACCCGAGGAGACGAAACCUUCCAUAGUCGAUACCAGUUCGAGAAAAACAUUUGUUUCAAGAAACCGAACGGUCUCUUCGUCAUCAUCAAAUCCGUACUCAAAUCAAAAACCAAUCAAAGUAAAAUUCAACCGAAAAGUUAAGGUUUCUACAACAGAAACACCCAAUGUAGAGAGUUCAACCAAAUCGAAAGACUUAGAGGGAAGAAAAUCUUUUGUUAGACCACCAAAUUUCUCGAGAAAAUUUUCAUCUAUAAAUUUUGCUGGCAGCACAGAAAUAUCAGUUGUAACUGAAAAAUCUAAAGAUAAUUUCGCAAACAUAAAGAGAAAACCUAUUCUACCAAAAACGUCCUAUUAUUCUCGACUUCGAAAAAAUCUAAAUAAAAAUAUUACUUCCCCUACUGAAAGCGGAAACGAGCCAGUUGUCGAACCUGUACAAAAUAAAGUAGAAGAUACUGCUGAUAUGCCGUUAAUUUUUACGCUUUUAAAAAAAUCAAACGACAGUUUUAUUAAUUCUGAACAACCAAAAGAAGUUAACACAGAAGGCAAAAAUGAUGUCCUUAUAACCAAUAAUAGUAAAGAAUCCCAAGAAAAUAAUACAAUUAAUGAAGUAUCUAUUGUGGCAGAAGACUCCGAAAGCAUGGCUAUGGGUACAGCUCCUCCCACAAUUUCUGCGCGAAUGGAUUCCGACAGAUACAAAUUUCAUGCUAAUUAUAAAGAUGAAAAUCCUUCUUCUAAUGAAUCGAAACAAAGGGUAUCUACGUCUAUAACAUCAUCAGUAAGAAACAUCCAAACAAGAAAAUUUGGUCGGAAACGCGUGAAAUCUAAAAAUGCAGUAAAUGUUGAAAGCUCAACAACCAUACCAAGAGAUAGAAAUAUUAGAAAGUAUAGUGAAUCUUACUCCAAAACGACUGAAGCAUCUAAUAAUGGUAUUACAUCUGAACCUGAAAAAUCUAAGAGUAGGUUCAGUUCUAAAUACAGAGCCACAGUAGUCGAUAAACCAUUUUACAAACCCACUGUACCCACAGUCACAUCAUCAACUGUAGAGGGAGAAGAAAUACAAUUAGGGCCAGAUCUGAAUGCUUUUUCUAUUAGUCAGACACGAAGGACACUAUCUUCAGCAGACUUGCGACUUUCAGAGAGUCUGGUGAAACAAUCACAUAUAAUGAACGUUGAGGCGACCAAUCAUUCGCCUUCAGUUACAGUUUCAAUUUUUGAUGCUUUAGCUGAAAUUCUUACUUCGACACCAAAACCCAGAAUUUCUACUACAACUGAAGUAACGAAACCACCAAUCCUUAAUACAGAUGUAACAAAAAUACUCGAUAGCGUGAGUAAUGUUAAUGUAAAUAGUGCUCAAGGCAUAUCAACUCAAGACAAUCGUACAGCUAUUGCCGUAAAUGUAAGCACUAUUACUAAAUCUGUACAGAACACUGAUCAAGCCACACCCAAUGUGAUUAACACUAUGACCGAAAUUAGUGUUACGCAAUCACCAAACACGCAAGAUGAAAAUAUCACCCCUGUGAAUACACUGCCAACCCCCACCCUUCCCCCAUCCACUCCUGUUUCCGCAAGGAGACCUUUUGCUAUUAAGGUGUUGUAUUCAGACACCGAAAGGCCGACAGACAAAACUACGACUACUACACAGGCAACUUCAAUCCAGCCGACUGAUCCAACUAUGGUAUAUAAUACUGUAUCUGAUCUUUUGUUAGCUAAUAAUAGUAUAGUAUCAUCAGAACUAACGAGCAUGUUGUCUAAUAACAUUAAGGAGAUUAUACAAAAUAUGGACGAGGAUAGUAGAUCUAGAAUUUCAGGCGAUAUGGCCAGUUUGUUGAAAAAUCUAAUUCCUAGAGCUUUAAAUGGUCUUGCAAAUUCUCUUGAGAACGCUGAUUUUGUCCCAAAUACCACUCCUUACAGCCUGCAGGACUUAAGGGAUACAGAAAAUAUUGACAUUAACAUUGACUCUGUAAAUAUUGAUUUUCCACAAAAUGUAGCGAUUGGCAGUAAUGUAAAUAUCACUGUAGAUAGUAGUAACACACUAGUUAAAAAUGAUGUAGAUAUACCUACCCAAACUGUAAAUAACACAAAUGUGACACGUAGUGUUACUGAAAACACACAAAUUGUAUCUAGUAGUGAGACAACUUCAGCAGUUGUUGUUACUCCCAUGAAUGAGCCACCUGUAUCAUUGGCAACUGAAGCAACGACUUCAAUAACUGUACCGCUGACGUCGUCUGUCACUCAAGAUAAUAGAACCGAGUUCGAAGAAAAAAUUCCUGCACCAUUCCUUACCAACUACCGAAUCGAUGAUCUCCCUGCGCGCGACUUAGAGAAAGACAAUUUAGAUGAAAAUUCAAAUAAUUGGAAUACUUUACAAAAUAGGAACGCGUUCCCUCUCAUAUCUUCACCGACACCAAAUAUAGAUGAAAUCAAUAUUCAAGAUCCAUCACAGAUAUCGCGUUUCCAACUGUGGGUUUUAUCGAAAAAAGCCAGAGUAUUAAAAAUGAUCGAAGAUUUAAUCAGGCAGCACAAUGAUGAACUAGCAUCACCACCUCUUCUAAGUGAUAUAGCGAGCGUUUCUCAAAACAUGAAUUUAUCUGAGCGUUUGACAGAUAUCAUGAAUAAUAUGACAUCUACAACUUCGACUGUGACUAAUACCGACAUAACAAAUUCUCCUUUAGCUGCUCCUUCAUUCCCUCCAUUUACUUUUUCCCCAACCUUAUCCGUGAGAAGCUUACCUUUAGAAGCCGAAACGACAACAACUCAAGAUCUAAAAGAAAGUACAGUAUUGGCAGCUACUACAACAUUAGCUUCCACAAAUUCUGUUGAUGUACCUGAAACAACAACAAUUUCAAAAUUUGAUAGUUUAUCAUUUCGUUUUGGUUCUGAUGAUGAAUCUAUUGAUGCCAGUACCACUGUGACAAAUGUACCUGUAACAACGUUCACUGACAAUAUUGAUACUUUUCCAAGCACAACUGCCACAGCUACUACAGAACAGACAGAAACAAUGAGUAGUACACCAGAAACAUCAGGUACAACAAUAACAAAUACAGGCAAUUCAGAAAUAACCACAGAGCAAAAUACUGAGACUACUGCUUUUGUGCCCGCCACAGAAACAACAACUCAAUUUAACUUAGAAAUCACUACUCAAAUUCUUGAAGAGACCACUACAGAAGCAGCUGUUGAGACGACGACAGCUGAACCAUCUGCCGUCACAACAAUCCUAUCCACAACACCUUCCAAUAAAGCGAACUUUGCUACAACGAUACCAAAAAAAGAUUUUGUCAUUUUCGGAAUAUUGCCGAAUAACACAGUGGUACGUAAAGACCCUAACGACAAUGUUUUGGAAUCAUUAACAGAGGCCAGCCCGUAUAUAGUUUACGGCGUGCUACCUAAUAACACAAUAAUACGAAAAUUUCCAAAUGGAACUAGAGUGCCACGAGUCAUGCAAAAAAUUGACGUACUACCAAUCAGUCCAUGGAGUUUAAGGAACCCAUACAGCCCCAUCCAUAAUAAUCCAGCCAUUGUCAGACCGCGGUCUAACCCUAUCCGAGUAUCCACUAAUAUCGAUAAUACUGUGACAUCCACAGACACAUCAAAUAACGGAACGGAAAACAGCUUAACCAUCGACACUGUAAAUAACCAACAAAAUAUGAUACCCUCAUCAGCACUUAAUAUUAAAAGCAGUUCAUUGGGUAUAAUAACUGCCACAAAUAAGCCGCCUGCUGAAAAAAGCACUGCCUCGCAUGUAUUGAGUUUACGCACAUCAACAAUGCUACCCUCUAUUGAUGAGAUUCUGCUUAAUAGUAUAUCUUCAGCUGCUAAAGAGGAGAUGGUCAUAUCAUCCAUGACGAGCUCUACUCGUGAACCAAGAAUAUUAACACUGGAUAUUGAUCCGGAGACAAAACAAAUACGUACCGAAAAACCGGGUAAUGGUGAUCAAAAUGCUAUAUUUAAAUUUAUACCGAUCGAUGAAGUCACCGUUUCAUCUCAAAAUUCAAACGUAUUAAAAUUAGCAUCUACAAAGGCAUCACCUACAACCAACACCGUACCAGCUGAGGUCCAAAUAGUGACAGCAACAUCGAUGAUUGAAAGCACUACUGAAACUCUACAAACACGGACCGUUUCAACUGAAUCAACAACUAUAGCUCAAAGUACUGUUGUUAAUAAUGUUGAAUCUACAACAACUGAGGCACCCACUACAGUGGUCACUACAACAUUUGCACCAUCGACAAUGACUAUGGCACCAACAGCUACAUUGUCUACAAGUACAAUGCUACCAACUACAACGACGAUACCUACAACGACCACUGUAGCAACAACUACAACGUCGGUACCUAAAACCAUAACUAUAGCACCUACGACUACAGCCGUACCACCGACAACUACAAUCAUUGCACCUACGACUACGUUUGCAGCACCUACAACAACUUUAGCGCCAGCCACGACCACGCUGCAACAGACAACAACGCAAGUUCCGUCAACUGCUCAAACAUCGAUACCCACUUCAACAAUUAGUAUCGAAGAAGAUUUAAAAAAAUACCAAGAAGAUCUACAGCUAUUACAGGCUCUACUUCAAGGAACAGGCCGAAACCCUAAGAACUUGAAUCUAUUGAACAACCCUAAUCAAAUAUUGCUGGGUGAAACAACAACUUUUAGACCUACCACGGGAAUACCGGUCACUCCUCAGUCAUUAAGCCAAGCGAAACUGUUAGAAGCUCUACUUUCCGCUAAUGGUCAAAGUGGAAAUACCGCUCCAGUAACGGCCAGAGCACAAACAACCACUACUCUUUCCAUUGAAGACGAAAUCAGACAAUUCCAAGAAGACACUAAGUUACUUAAAGCUUUAUUACAAGUGACAGGACAAAAUCCUAAUAGUUUGAAUAUUCCAGAUUUAAAUAGUAUUAGGACAACAACACAACCUACAGUCACAACUACAACACGUUCAACAACAACUUUUCCUACAACUACCACCAGCCCAUCAACCACACAAUCAAUAGAAGAUGAUAUAAAACAGUUCCAAGAAGAUACUAAGCUAUUACAGGCUCUCUUGCAAGCCACUGGCCAGAAUCCGAGCAGUUUAAAUACGCCUGUGAUAUCUGGAGUGACAUCUAACGUACGAAUUUCUUCGAAUCCUAGAACGACAUCAGUAAGCUCAAACCCUACAACACCAUUAGGAGUGAGGCCCGUGUAUACAACCACGAAAGCGCCUGAAACUAAAACAUUUGUACCUAGAACGUUAUCUACUACCUUACAGCCCGGCUUGUUUAGUACCACUGAGGACAUUGGGAUAUCUACAACGUUCCCGCCGUUCAAUCCAAGAACAACUACAGGUCGAAAUUUUGAAUCUACAACGGCACCCACUGCUCAAAGAAUAUCCAGUACAAGAUUCACUGUGACGACUGAUGUACCCAGUACAUCUACAUUUUCUGUCGAAGAGGAUCUUGCUUUCCUGAACAACUUGAAAACCGUCUUAAAGACGAACAAUAAUCAAGAACCAGAAGCAGCAUUAGCCAAUCGGAUCAUAGCCCUCGCUGUUGAAAGGAGUCUCAACGAGAUACAAACGGGCACACAACCUGAAUCUGUUCGUACAGGAAAAAAUAUAGCUAACAACGCAAACAACGCUAUACCAAUCACUACAACUACCACUCCUUCUACCACUACUACUACUACCACAACCACUACAACUACAACUACUCCUAGACCUACAACCACCACGAUUCCAACAACUACGUUCACAUAUAGUCCAUCAAUUGAGGAUGACAUUAAACAGUUCCAAGAAGACACGAAGCUGUUACAAGCUUUGAUAAAGGCUACAGGGCAAGAUCCAUCUAAAUUCAACAUACCAACAUUACCAGACAUUGUACAGAGCACAACAAACGGUGGACAGGAGCCUACGACUCAGAGAAGCAAGCUCACAGCUACUGGUCAAACCUCAGACGAAGCUUUACAAAAACUAAUUCAGCAAACUAAAAUCACCGGAAUGGUUUCCGAAGCCACUAAAGCCCCUAUAUCUCUGAGCACGGAGUAUGGAAACAGCAACGACGCAUUGCUCGCCGCUUUACUCAAGGAGCAAGGUUUCGGUCCAACCACGGCAAGUUCUUUGGAUGAACAACUUCGUCUCGCUGCUUUGCUCAACCAAGUCGUAGUGACGCCAAAGUCACGGCGACCGACGACGACGCUUCCUCCUCCACCGGCACCGCGCAGGCCCAUCCUGGAUGGUCUGGCGUGGCUGUGGCAGCAGUGGAGAGAGACAGGACCGGAAUCCGGAGCUCCGCGACCUGACAGGCGGCCCGUUCCCUCAGCGAGACCAUCGCCGUCAUCAGCGUCUGCCCUACAGCCCAGUAGCAGACCCAACUGGUUCGGAUCCGGGCCGUUUGUUGGCAACGCCGAUGAAAGACCAACGAACCGAAUACCUCUGGAACCCCCAAGGGCUGUGGGUACCGGACAGGCUCCAGGUCGGGGGCAGCUUGUAUCUGCCGCUAUAAAUGUAACGAGAGCGUUCUCACAGUUUCUAGGAGCUGCGAUACAGGGGGCUGCCCAAACAGUGCAAAAUGUAAUCCGGGCCGGUACAAAAGUGGCCUCGGAUGUAUACACGAAUGGCUCUGGGGGCUCCGGAUAAAGUGAACAAUAAAUACGUGAUUGAGUAAUAAAAUUUUGGAUGUGGUAUUAUCAUUGAUAAAAAUAUUAGAAUUUGCUUUGAAAUGCCUAAUCUCCUGUAUCAUUUAUUUUAUUGUUACUAAAUUACGGUUCGUAUGUAAAAGUUUUUUUUUUUUCACAUUUAGGAUUAAUCGUGAAAUAUUGCGAAUGGCACAAACUGUGACGCUUGUGUCUAAAGACCUGCACCUCGUCAACCAUCUGACGCGUAGUCUCGAAGCCACCUGUUAUACAUAUAAAAAUACCGCCUCCAAAAUUUCGUUAAUCAAUUCACAAAUGUUCGGUGGAGUUAAUGUAGUCAUUGGACUUUAAGCUUUUCCGAAAGUGUCAUAGUACGCACUAUGUGUUGCAAGUGCUCAAAAUGUAUAUAGUCGGAUUAGGUUAGAUUAUAUUGUACCGUGUAAUGAAUUCCUCUUAGUUUAUGCCUGAUGUACUGAUUUAACUGCCGAAAUAUAUUAAAUACUCUUCUUCUUCAUGACGACAACGAAAUAUUUUUGGUAUUUAAAGUAUAAACUAUGAGAAAUUCGUAAUAAAGCUAACUAAAGAUAAUAAAACAGUCGCAUCACUUUGUUAGUCACAUCAGAAUGUAAAUUUGGUGACAGAUUAUAUCAGACAAUUUUGAAAUUUUUUAAUCUGGUAUUAAUUUUUUUUCUGUACAUUUCCGACUAAAUAUACCGUAGUGGGAGACAUGAUGUGAUUUUAGCGCUUCAAUUAGCUUUUAAUAUUUAAUAUUAGUUUUAAUAAUGUAAAAAUAUUAGAUUUGUCUUAAAAAAAACAAGUUCUUGAUCUUUUCUUCUUGUAAUCUUCAAGAGAACGUUGAUCAAAGCCUAGAGUUUUCUUUUUGAAUGGCAAACGAUAAUGGGUUUACAUGUCAGUUAAUUUACGCUUAGUUUAUUCCUAAUUUAAUUUUCUUAUAAAAUGAUAAAAUUUGCAGUAGAUAUAGUAACUUCUUUCAACUGUCUGUAUAUGUAAGAUAUUUAAUAAUGUAAAUUUUCGUUAACAAAUCUGUUGCCUUUAAAUUUUCAGGCUUAAAGCUAAGCUUUUAUUUCUUGUAUUAAUUUUAUUACGUGAUUUAUUGUAUUAAUGCAACUAGGAUGCUAAUUUUACGAGUCAUUCUUGAAUUGGGCAGCACCUUUGCUGUUGUCUAUGGGCUGAGGUAACAAUUUAGCAUUAGAGAGCUAUAAACUCGUUCACCCCUCAUAUUUAUCACAAAAAUUAGGAAAAAAGGCGGAAAGGGAAAAAAGGCUGUCAAAUUCGUCAUGUGACUGAAAAGGAAUUUCAGAAGUUUUUCAUUCGUAAAUUCAAUUAUUUUUAUCAAAAAUCAAUAUAAUAUGUUAUAUAAAUACAAAAUGUUUUAAAGUUAUUUGACUUUUCUAAAUGAACUCCUACAAUAGAGGCAUAGGUACGGAUCUGUUUAAAAUAAAAUCCAUGUGUAUUUACAUUCGUGUGCAGUUUGUGUGAAUUUUUAGGUAUGUCACUGAAAGAUACUUUAUUCAAAAAUUACCCGGUUAAAUUUUAUUAUAUAGAUCUAUAUACACAGUAAGACCCGGUCACUCUCCACUGUGACUAUCGUUGCUUUUCUGAAAACCGUCGAUAUCUUGAGAUUAUUCGCGCGCCAUCUGUCGUUACUG